UAACGGGGCAAGGCUGGUCCAAUUCAACAGCGCCGAAGUCCAAGUCCCCUCUUUCUUCUUCUCCUUGUCAUUCUUCAAUUGUGAAUGCAAAUUUUGGAGCGUUUAUGCGCUUUUGUUGGAAGAUGGAAUCAACCACUGAAACUAGCGGAGGUGUAUCAUCAACCCAAGCAGUUCUGCUCGGAGCUUUAGCUCCUGGUGUGAAUGGUCCUACUUGGAUUACCUUAAAGUUGACUUUUUUGAUGAUGGGUAUGUGUCUUGCUGUUAUGUUGGGAUUAGCAUUCUCUUCCAGUGAUUCACCCUUGCUGCUUCAUGUUACUUUCCUUGUUCUUAUUUGUGUUACCCUCUUCUUGCUCCUUAGCUGGUUUCUUGCACAAACUGGCCUAGUGACAGUUGAACAUCAAAUGCGCGAGAUGGGGUUAGUGCAAAAUGAUCAUUCAGAGACAACUAGAAAGAACCAAUAACUAAUUUACAGAAGUUGGGAAGGUUCUGUGGAUUCUUCUUUCAUCAUGGAAAUGCUUGAUAGAAUAGUUUUGGAUGAAUUCAAUGGACAGCACCCUAAAUCUUACAAAAGAUUUUGCCCGGAAUAUAGAGGCUGAAGAUGUAGCUUGUGUUAAUGACUCUUGGCUUCCUAAUCCUUAUGUUUCUCAUUCUUUGGUUUAAUGCAACAAAAACAUGAACAGCAAGGGAAGUGCAACAAGAACUUCAUAGCUCAUAGCCUAUAUAAUGUUGUAGCCUUGUUGUGUAAAUUAAUUAAUUAAUUUAUUUAUAUAAUAAUAUUUUUGUGUGUGUUAUUGAUGCUGGCU